UUCAAGUAGUACAUCAUUAAAGUAGUCAACGGUGUAGUUAUUGUAUUGUACAUACAUACCACAUACAGGCACUUGCACUGAACAAUUGCGCAAACACCCCCCCAUCUUCCUCCCCUCCAUUAGGUCGGGUAUUUUCUCUAGUCUCUUCAGCCCAUGGUUUCAUCACUCGACCCGUUCAUUCUGGGGGUUAACUAUCACUAAAACCAAAAAAAAAAAAGAAAGAAAAAAAAAGGGAAAAAGGAAAAGGAAAAGGAAGAAAAGAAGAAAAAAACGAGGGAAGGGAGAAAAGAAACCCCCUCCAAAAGCAGUUCCCCUCCCCCCAAAAUAAUACCUAACCAAAGAACUUUUUCAUAUAAUUAAAAAAAAAAAAACUGGUUUUUUUUUUCUUUUUCCAUUUCUACCUUUGAAGGUAGAGAUGGACAGCCACAACACUAACGGCAACAUUCAAAGCAAUCUGCAACAACGGCGUAACAGACUGACUAAGAAGCCUCCAACUCAUCAUCACGGACAUAGCUACUCUCUCACCGCUGAUGGUCGCUUUGACGCAUCCCUCCAGAGCAAACGGAGCUCCACGAGUUUGAGGCGAGCUCCAAGCGCUCCCCACAGAACUCCCACUAUCACUACUCCCACCACUCCCACUAAUACUCCCACUACUACUUUCAUUACCACAACGGCUACAAGUGCUAACUUUCCCAAUACUACUGCCACUGCUGCCGCUGCCGCUGCUACUAACGUUGGCAUUAACAACGCGUCGAUUUCCUCUGCAUCGCCCUGUCAUCCUCCUCCACCACCACCCAUUCCUUAUUCUUCUUACUCUUUCAGCUAUAACAAUAAUAACCACAAAAACAACAGCAAUACUGACUAUUAUACCACUUCUACCCCCGCUGCUACCUCUUCUUCCGUACUAUCUCCUAACCAAUUCUGCCCCUCCACCUUUUCGUCUUCUAACAAACUGGCCUCUACCUCGCCCCCGCUCUCUAACAGCAAGAAGAAGAACAACGCAUUCCCUGCCACUGCGGACGGGGCUGGAAUUGAUUAUAGAGCCGGCACUGGUACUAGUCCUGGUCCUGGCACUGGCACUGGCACUGGCACUGGCACUGGCACUGGCCUUGGGAUUGGGAUUGGGAUUGGGCACUCAACAUCGCGAGAUCAGCGUUUGUCUUCCGAUUUUCAUCUCCGUCAACCCCUCUCCUCCCAGACACCCGAAGAAUUUAUCGGUGCGCCCUUUGACGGCAACUUCAUCCUCAACCAUUUCGAAGCCACCAAGUCGCCCACUUAUCAACAUCCGACCCAAGCUCGUCCUGCACCGGCCCCUCCAUCGAAUCUAAAUCCCGAUCCUCGUCUAAUGACCCCUUCCUUACGGCAGUCAACCAGCUUUUCCGCCUUCGACGGCAGUAUGUCGGAGAAAUCACACGGCGCGCGUGUCAAUGACGCCCAAGUCACUUCCCCAAAGCGAUAUUCUGACGAAGGCAAGGAACUUAAAGGGCCCGGUGUAUUGAGAAAGAAGUCGGGCUUCUCGGGCCUCAUGAGCACAUUGGUGGGAUCGCCAAAGAAACCCGUCAUUUCAGCGCCAGAAAAUCCAGUUCAUGUCACCCAUGUCGGUUAUGAUAGUUCUACUGGCCAAUUUACGGGUCUGCCCAAAGAGUGGCAACGUCUAAUAAACGAGAGUGGCAUUCCAGAGAAUGCUCGAAGGGAAAACCCUCAAAUGAUGGUAGACAUCGUUACGUUCUAUAAAGAGACCACGGAGAAGCCGCACGAGGAUCAGGUCCUAGAGAAGUUUCACGAUGUGAGAGCUCCUGAAAUGCGCACUCCCUCUGGUGGAAUGGCAACAUCCCCCGGCAUGUAUGCGUCAAACUAUGCGGGUAUGUCACCUAUGAUCAGUCCACCAGCAAGUCCGAGAUUUCCAAUCGUGAAUAAUGAAGGCACCUUUGAAAACCCCCGCGCUCCCCCUCCAGUACCUGUACCCGGAAAGGGCCCGGCGCUGCACUCUAUCAAGGACCACCCCAAUUUGCAGCCCAGCCGACCCGCGCCGAAACCCCCCAUCUCCUUACAGACCCGAGCCGCACAGCAGUCACCUUACGUUACGAAAGAUUCGGGCAUUGGCAUAUCUCAGGCCAGCGAAGAUGUCCACCCAGCAAACAUGCAUACGCAGCCGUCGAAAGACAAUGUCCCUAUGCUCCCCGAAGAGCACCGAUCAAGAUCGAACUCGCGAGCCAACGGUACCCAGCCUCACGUCCCCACUAGCCAAUCGUCAUCCGCCGUUCAGGCCGUGUAUCAACAGCAGCUGAUGCAACAACAACAAGAACAAGCCAUGGCACAAGCCCAGGCUGCUAUGAAGGGACAGCUUAGUAGAUCCGCGAGUACUAAACAAGCCCCCACUCAUCCCAUACCUUCUAGCUCGCAGCACCAAAUGGGCCGUCCACCGGAAGCUAAUGGCACCAGCAGCGCUGUGCACCCAGCACGCGUUGGACCUCCGGCACAACAAGCGCGUCCCCGCAACCGGCCGCGGCAAAGCACUAGCAUAGACGUGGCAGCGGCUCUUAAACGUAUCUGCUCCGAGGGUGACCCUCGCGAAAUAUACCGCAGUUUCACCAAGAUUGGCCAAGGUGCAUCUGGGGGUGUCUAUACUGGUCACGAACGAGGAUCAAACAGGCUAGUAGCUAUCAAGCAGAUGAACCUGGAGCAACAGCCUAAAAAGGACUUAAUCAUCAAUGAAAUUCUAGUUAUGAAGGAGAGCUCGCACCCAAACAUCGUCAACUUCAUUGACAGCUAUCUAUGUGGCGGCGAGCUAUGGGUUAUCAUGGAGUACAUGGAGGGCGGUAGCUUAACUGAUGUGGUUACUUUUAAUAUAAUGACAGAAGGGCAGAUUGCCUCAGUCUGCAGGGAGACCUUGAAGGGCCUGCAGCAUCUACACUCUAAAGGAGUUAUUCACCGGGACAUCAAGUCUGAUAAUAUUCUACUGUCACUAGAUGGAAAUAUCAAGCUCACUGAUUUCGGGUUUUGCGCACAAAUCAACGAGGCGCAUAACAAGCGGACAACGAUGGUUGGCACGCCAUACUGGAUGGCACCGGAAGUCGUCACUAGAAAGGAAUAUGGAAGGAAAGUCGACAUCUGGUCUCUAGGUAUUAUGGCCAUCGAGAUGAUCGAAGGAGAACCCCCGUAUCUUACCGAGUCACCUCUCCGUGCUCUGUGGCUAAUCGCUACGAACGGCACGCCACAAAUUAAGGAAGAGCACAAUCUGUCUCUGGUGUUUAAGGACUUCCUAUACUUCGCUCUGAAGGUAGACCCGGAAAAAAGAGCCAGCGCGCACGACCUACUUAGACACGAUUUCAUGAAGCUGUGUGUUGACUUAUCAUCAUUAUCUCCACUCGUCCGAGCCGCCAGGGAAGCCCGGCUAGAGGAGAAGGCCAGCAAGGGUUAGGUUUUGGACAUUUUGAAUAGGUAAUUCAAAUGUCCGCUAUAUGAUUUUUAAAUGACGUGUUGGGAUAUUUCUAGCUAUACGACUGUUGGAACCUGAUCAGUUCAUUGCCAGAAAAAAAAAACGAGAAGAUGCUGGGUCUAUCAAACUCGCGGUGGUCGAGGAUAUUUUGUGUACCUCUACCCUCGGAGUGAGCACGUCUUUGCUCGAGCUUACAGGGGCGUCAGGGGGAGGCAUGAGAGGAAUAUAGCGGCAAUUGAUCCUGGUUGGACACUCCUCGUGAAUCCGCCCUGUUUUGUACAUAUCGACACGAUACCAUACUUUGGGGAAUGCCCAUCGGAAAUUAGAGACGAGCUAGAUGAAACGGAUGCACUUUCAAGCAUAGCCGUAUGCACGCCCUUGGCCGAAGGGUAUCAAAUAUAAAUACGAAGUAUUGCGAAUUUAUGAGUUCGAGUAGGCCCAGGUAUCUACUCUGUUAUGGCAUACAAGCAAUCUUGCCUAUGGGGGUUUUGAGGUCAAGUUACGAUCUUACGGCAAGAGGUAAAAUGAGUCUUGGGCUUUCUACUGUUCGCCCUCCAGUGCCUACGGGUGUUGUUUACUUAGGUACCGGUCUAUAUAGUAUAUAAAUCAUUUGAAUUGCACAUACCUACAGCUUGGAAUUCAUUGUUCAUUAGGAAGGAGUGUACAUAGUGCUCUUUCUUUUCGUACCAUCCCAUUGAUAUAUUGUAUGCCA